UUAACAUCUUGCCUAAUCUCUGCCUUACAUUGUUUCAAUACUCUGCUCAGAAGUCUGAUUGGCUGGGAAGACAAACAGCCUUUCUAGGACACGCAGAGAGACUAUACAUUAUAACUUUGAUUUGAUAGAGAACUCUGGUGAAACAGAUGCAAAAUGCUCACAUUCAAACUGAUUGUUUUUGCUGGUUUGGUUUCCAUUGUUGCUGCAGGACGAUGGGCACAAAUCUGUGAUGGGAAUCCUUUGAACAGCAUAAGGGGCUGUGAUAAGUAUGGCUGUGGAUAUUAUGGAGCUGCAAGAAAUGGCAGAAAGCACCUAGCGGUGGAUGUUAAAUGCCAGGACGGAUCAGGAGUGUAUGCUCCUUUUAGUGGCCUGAUUGUGAGACGCAUUAAACCUUUUGGAAAUAAUAAUGCUAUUGAUGAUGGAAUCUUACUCCGUGAAGUAAAAUCAGGUUCUUGCAUAAAACUGGCCUUUAUCAGACCUUUGAGAAACAGAGGCUGGAUCAGGAAGGGAUCUAAAAUUGGAGUAAUGCUGCCAAUGCAGAGCGUGUAUCCUGAUAUAAUAUCUCAUGUUCGCAUCCAGAACUGUGACUACUCAAAUCCUACUGGCAACUUAUAAAUGGAAACUUACAUGAAAUGGAAGUGUACAAAACCCCAAAUAAAAAUCUGAGCAACCAAAAGUGUUUUUUUCCCCCCUACUCCCCAUAGAAAACCCACCUAAAAUUUAGUCCAUGGGAAGGAAAAAAGACAUUAGCGCACACAGCAGAGUAAAAGAGUACAUAGCGUGUGUAACACAGCCUGUAGUGACUUAAAGAAUGUACCAUCCUCAGGGCAGACUUAAGAAACAGGUCACUUAUCCCAAAUUGAUUGUGAGUUCUAUACUUAGGCU